AUGGCAAUCGUGGAGGAUGGAAACCCCAUUCUGGAAAGUCAGAGUCCGUUCUUUUUGCAAUGGCGCUCUACCCGGCCCGGUCGGGUCUCAUGGACCAAAGACGAUGUCGUUAGUUUGGCCACCUCCAUGAAGAACAACCUUCCAGUGGAGGUUGUGAGCGUCAUCAGUGACCCGAACUAUAAGGGUGGGGCUCUCAUCAACCUCAAGAACCCGAUGGCCCGCCCUUCGGCCAAUGAGCUGGCGAAGAACCACAUCUGGCUUUUGCCUUUUGUGAAAGACAGUCCAUCCAAGGUGCCAUCGGGAUACUACAUGUGCGAUGCAUUUUUGAUGCUGGAUUUUCUCCUGGGCAAAAAGCUCUUCCGGCCAAAGCCUGGGGUGGAAACGCGGGCAGGCUUGGCAUCCGAAGAGGCCGUCAAAGCCAAGCGGUGCUUGGGAAGCUUGAGAUAUCUAUGGAGGAAUAGCACAUCAAGUCACGACCCCUACAUCCUUGAGAUGAAAUCCUUUCUGCAGGCUUCGCCACUUCAGGGUGAGCGGCGUCGGCGGCGCCGCCGAGCUGCUGAGGAUGAAGAAGAGGAGGAGAGUGAAGCCCUACAGGACGAGUCGGACGGGGAGGGCGAGGAGGCCGAACCUUUGCAGAACGAGCCUGCUGGAGAUUGUCAUGAUGGCAGUGAUAACGAAAGCACAGGCACGCCUUGCGACAGUCCACCUGCAGCUGAAGGGCAAGACUCGCCAGUAUCUUUGACUGCCUCCACUCGUCGAUUGGGGGAUUCACCGCCAUCGGAGAAGGAAGAGGGAGAGGUGGAUCUACGUGAUUCCCAGGUUAGCUCAGGGUGGUUGGGCAAGUUCUAUGCAGCAUAUGGAGGCAACAAUCCAAGGUGCAAGCUUCCUGACCCUGAGCUUGAUGGGGAGAGCAUCAAGUCUGUCGAGGAUGAUGCUAUGCCUGAUUUGCAAGGUGACAUGCUGCCAAUCAGAGAGAUCUUGGAUGUCAUCCAGGCUUCUUUGUCCAGCAAUGGCCUGUUCGGUGAGCAUCCGAUGAUGCCAGAUUACUUGGACUAUUGCGACAAAGCCUUGACUAAACAUGGCUCCUGCGUCGGUGACACACUUGCCAGCCGCCAGCACUUCCACGAAUGGAUUUACACCCAGAAAGCUGAGGACUCUCCUUCACCGUCAGCGCCAGCUGAAUGCAAGCCCAAGAAGGAAAGCGGGGGCGCUGCUAUCUCAGAGGCUUUCAAGCUGAUGAACAUGGACGCACGAAAGGCUACAGAGUUGGACGGUGAACACAUCAUCACCCCAGCGACCAAAAAACCUCGCCUCACUGACAGCGUGGAGAUGAAUUUGAGCAUCACACCACCACCACCUGUUGAGCGGCAAUCUGUUAAAGCGAUGGCCAAGAUCAAGAAGGAGUCCAAAGCCGCCCCGUCCCAAACAUGCUCGGGGGAGCGGACAACCAGGUUCAGGGACUACAACUUGGAAGGGUUGCCUCACGAGGCGCUUCCUUUCAAGGGCAUGGACUACAAAGGGAAACACAGCUACACUGUAGCUCUUGGCGACGCAGCUUUGGAGGUCUUGUGCAAAGUCCAGGCGUACGUUGUCAAACGUCCACGUGAUGGAACUGAGAGGCCAGGCGUUGCACAGGUCCUAUGGAAGCGCCAUGGUGGGCCUAUCAAAGCGUGGGAUGAAGCCAAGUCUCGCGCUGGACUCUAG